AUGGCAUCUACCGUCAGUGCAGCCUUGAAAUCACGCGUCCGUCGUCCGCAAUUCUUGGACAAAGUCAUGAAGGCGGAAGACACGCUUCAUUUCUUCAAACCUGGCCAGUAUAUGGGCUGGUCCGGUUUCACAGGCGUUGGCUAUCCCAAAAUGAUCCCUACUGCCUUGGCAGAUCACGUCGAAUCCAACAAUCUCCAAGGCAAAAUGAAGUUCAACCUCUUUGUUGGCGCAUCCACUGGUGCUGAGACCGAAGAUCGCUGGGCUAGUUUGGACAUGAUUGACCGCCGCUAUCCCCAUCAAGUCGGCAAGAAUAUCAAAAAAGGCAUCAAUGCCGGUCGGAUCCGCUUCGCCGAUAAGCACUUGUCCAUGUUCCCCCAAGACUUGGUGUAUGGCUAUUACACCAAGGACAAGGAAGGAAGCAAGAACCUCGAUGUCGUGGUUGUCGAGGCCACGGCCAUCCAAGAAGACGGCAGCAUUGUCUUGGGCGCCUCGGUCGGUGCUUCACCAGAACUCUUGCAGAUGGCUGACAAGAUCAUCAUUGAGGUCAACACGAGCAUUCCAUCCUUUGAAGGCUUGCACGAUAUCACCAUGUGUAGACAACCUCCCAGCCGAUUGCCUUACUUGCUUCUUGGUCCUGAAGAUCGCAUUGGCACGUCUGCAGUGCCCAUCGACCCUGAAAAGGUCAUUGCCAUUGUCGAGAGCGACAAACCAGACAACACUGGACCCAACGCACCAGCCGAUGCCACAUCUGAAGCUAUUGCAAACCAUUUGAUCGAAUUCUUAUCGCAUGAAGUCAGCCAUGGCCGCUUGCCAAAGAACUUGUUGCCUAUCCAGUCAGGUAUCGGCAACAUUGCCAAUGCCGUCGUUGGUGGUCUGGCAAACGGUCCGUUCGAGGACGUGUCGGUGUUUACCGAGGUGCUUCAGGACACCUUUUUGGAUUUCUUUGAGUCUGAAAAACUCAAAUAUGCCAGUGCUACCUCAAUUCGUUUCUCUCCCGAAGGCUUUAAGCGGUUCUAUGAUAACUGGGAGUAUUAUCGGACAAUGCUCGUGUUGAGAGCACAACAAGUCAGUAAUUCGCCCGAAGUCAUUCGUCGUCUGGGCUGUAUCGCCAUGAACACGCCUGUCGAAGUCGACAUGUACGCACACGCCAACUCGACCAUGGUCUGCGGUUCCGGUAUGCUUAAUGGUCUUGGCGGUUCUGCCGACUUUUUGCGCAACGGCAAAUUGAGUAUCAUGCACACACCCUCUUCACGCCCCACCAAGAGUGAUCCAACCGGUAUUUCGUGCGUUGUCCCCUUUGUCACGCACGUUGAUCAGACAGAACACGAUCUGGAUGUGAUUGUCACUGAACAAGGCUUGGCCGACUUGCGCGGUCUGUGUCCACGCGAUCGCGCGCUCGUCGUGAUUGACAAGUGUGCUCAUCCUGAUUAUAAGCCACUGCUCAAGGACUAUUAUGAUCUCGCCUUGAAAAAGUGUCUGGCGGCCGGUCGUGGUCAUGAGCCCCAUAUGCUGGACAAGGUGUUCAAGAUGCACACUAACUUGAUCGAAAACGGUACCAUGAAGAUUGACUCUUGGUAG